ACUCGGGGAGAAGACAAUUCGCUUGGGGAGCCCACCACCGGGAGGCGGCCGCUUGGCAGGGCGUGUGCGCAGACGUCGGGAGCUCGCCAGUCUGACCAGCUGAACCAGUGACCCUCCGGUCCCUUCAGUCGCUCUUGACGCUUACACCAUGUCCAAGUCCUUGAAAAAAAUUGUGGAGGAGAGUAGGGAGAAGAACAUCUUGGAGGUGGACAUGUGUGAACGAGGCAUUUCCAAGAUGACGGAUGUACCUGGCUUGUUCACUCUGACUCACAUCACACAGCUGGUCCUCAGUCACAACAAGCUCACAACUGUGGCUCCAAACGUCUCGGAGUUAAGGAAUUUAGAAGUACUCAACUUUUUCAACAAUCAGAUCGAGGAGCUGCCAACUCAAAUUAGCAGCCUUCCGAAACUGAAGCACUUGAACCUUGGGAUGAACAGACUCAGCUGCUUGCCACGAGGAUUUGGCUCCUUACCAGCUCUGGAGGUUCUUGAUUUGACUUACAAUAACUUAGAUGAAAAAAGCCUGCGUGGAAACUUCUUCUAUCUAACCACCCUGCGUGCACUCUAUCUAAGUGACAACGAUUUUGAAAUCCUGCCACCAGAUAUUGGGAAGCUCACAAAGUUGCAGAUACUAAGCUUUAGGGAUAAUGACCUGAUAUCACUCCCCAAAGAAAUUGGAGAACUCACUCAGCUUAAAGAACUUCAUAUCCAGGGGAACCGUCUUACUGUGUUGCCUCCUGAACUAGGUAACUUGGAUUUGACGGGUCAAAAGCAGGUCUUCAAAGCGGAGAAUAAUCCCUGGGUCACCCCCAUUGCGGAUCAGUUCCAGCUUGGCAUUUCUCAUGUGUUUGAAUAUAUUCGUUCUGAAACAUACAAAUACCUUUAUGGGAGACAUAUGCAAGCAAACCCCGAACCUCCAAAGAAGAACAACGACAAGUCCAAGAAGAUCAGUCGUAAGCCUCUAGCUGCCAAGAACAAAUAAAGCGCACUGGAUAGACCACUCUUUUAAAAUACUUUGUUUUGCAUGAGUCUAUUUUUUA